CGCAUGUACUGGUCACAUGAUUGUGACAUCAUCACAGGUCCUACACCUACCUCAUCUAUAAGAUACAGAGAAGGUCCUGGUCGGAAGGAGAUUACACGAGGAGGAGCUGACCCAGUUGUCUCCUCUUCUCCUGAAUGAUCCCCCAAGGAUGGACAAGGACAGGAAUGAGAUGACUAAGAGAAUAUUACACUUCACCUUGGAGAUCCUCCACCUGCUGACCGGAGAGGAUUACACCAUAGUGAAGAAGACGUGGGGGGAGUGUGUGGCCCCCAGCAGCCAUCUCCAUGAGUCAGAAGGAUGGAGCAGGGCCCGGGGCCCCAUCACGGAGCCUUCACCUCACUCACUGAUACAUGAGGAGAAGAUCCUAGAACUCAUCCACAGGAUCACUGAGCUGCUGACUGGAGAGGUUCCUAUAAGGUGUCUGGAUGUGGCGGUCUAUUUCUCCAUGGAGGAGUGGGAGUAUGUAGAAGAACACAAGGAUCUGUACCAGGACAUAGUCAUGAUGGAGGAUCACCGGCCCCUCACAUCACAAGAUGGAGUCAUUGAUAGAAAUCCACCCGAGAGGUGUCCCCGUCCUCUGUAUUCCCAGGACUGUCCAGAGGGAAAUGUCCCAGAGAAGCAUCAGGGGGGAGAUCUGACUAAUAAUAAAGUGGAGGAUGAAGAAGAGAGGAUGAGGGGCCAUCACCCGUGUAUGAGGGAAGUGAAGGAGGAAAUUCCAGGAGGUGUUACCCCAGAACAUCCCAGUAAGAAUUCUGAGGGAAACUUCAUGUUAUCCCUGAAUGAUAAAGGAGAAGAUGAAGAUAUGAUGGAGCGCUCCUCAGGAGAAGACCUCCUUACCCCUAAUGUCCAUCCAGAUCUAUCCUAUAAUAAUCCACCUGAUCAUGAGGAACCUUCUCCUGACCAACCACACAUUGUUACCACAAGGACAGAGCAGAAAGGGGGGAAAAGGAUGCAAUGUGAUGAAUGUGGAAAAGAGUUUACUAGAAGAUCAUAUCUUCUUAUACACAGAAGAAUUCACACAGGGGAGAAGCCAUAUUCCUGUUCAGAAUGUGGUAAAAGUUUUAACAGUAAAGCACGGCUUGUUAAACAUGAGAGAAUUCACACUGGAGAGAAGCCAUAUUCAUGUUCAGAAUGUGGUAAAUGUUUUUACAAUAACUACCAGCUGGUUAUGCAUGAAAUAAUUCACACAGGAGAAAACCCAUAUUCAUGUUCAGAAUGUGGGAAAUGUUGUGAAAGUAAAUCAAAUCUUGUUUCACAUCAGAGAAGUCACACAGGAGAUAAGCCAUAUUCAUGUUCAGAAUGUGGGAAAUGUUUUUAUAAUAAAUCAGAUCUUGUUAGACAUGAAAGAAUUCAUACAGGGGCUAAGCCAUAUUCAUGUUCAAAUUGUGGAAAGUGUUUUAAAAGUAAACCAGAGCUUGUUGUACAUGAGAGAUUUCACACAGGGGAGAAGCCAUAUUCAUGUUCAGAAUGUGGGAAAUGUUUUAGACAGCUAUCACAUCUAGUUAAACAUGAGAGAAUUCAUACAGGAGAGAAGCCAUAUUCAUGUUCGGAAUGUGGGAAAUGUUUUGCAAGCAAGUCAACUCUUGUUAUUCAUAAAAGAAUUCACACAGGAGUGAAGCCAUAUUCAUGCUCAGAAUGUGUGAAAUGUUUUAAAAGCAAAUCAGAUCUUGUUAAUCAUGAGCGCAUUCACACAGGAGAGAAGCCAUAUGUUUGUUCAGAAUGUGGGAAAUGUUUUAAAACUAAAUCAGAGCUUGUCAUACAUGAAAGAAUUCACACAGGGGAGAAGCCAUAUUCAUGUUCAGAAUGUGGAAAAUGUUUUACAGCUAAAUCACAUCUUGUGUCACAUGAGAGAAUUCACACAGGAGAAAAGCCAUAUUCAUGUCCAGAAUGUGAGAAAUGUUUUAAAAGAAAAUCAGAUCUUGUGUCACAUGAGAAAUUUCACACAGGAGAGAAGCCGUAUUUAUGUUCAGAAUGUGGGAAAUGUUUUAUUACUGUAAGUAAACUAAGGAGUCAUCAGAGAUGUCACUUAGGGAAAACUCCACAAUGAUUUUCUAUAUGCAGAAAUAUUUUAUAUGAAAUCAGAUUUUAAAUCUCAAAGAAUUCACAUUAACCCUUUUCCGAAAAAUUAAGUACAUGUACCUGAUAGGAAACGGCUGACCUGCUGCAACAACAUGUACAUGGGCCUGAUUGAAAUAAAGUUUCGCAGUGCCGCCGGGUGCUGUGAAAGUUUAGUGAGCUCGGUUGUGCACCACAGCCGACCAUCCCUAAAGCCGGCCAAGGACCACUUGCAGCCUCCCCUGCCCGGCAGUACUGUCAGACCAAUAGUAAUGACAGAGCAGCGGGGUCUCCUACUUCCCCCUUACUCCAGGGUUCAGCAUCUAAAAUGAAACUAAACUGAUCCCUGCAGCUCAGCGGAGCUGAUCGGAACUAUCGCGAUAAAACUGCGAGGUCCCGAUCUGCUAAGAGGACAGCAGGUGUGCCCUUACCUGCCUCCUCGCCGUCCGAUCUGUGGCUCGAUGCUCCCAGCCGACCAUGCAGGGUGGAGCAAUCGAGCACAGAUAACACUGAUCAAUGCUAUGCUAUGGCAUAGCAUUGACCAGUGUAUGCAAUCCAAGGAUUGUAUGUUAUAGUCCCCUACUGGGACUGAAAGUGUGUUAAAAAAAAAAAAAAAAGUUAAUGUCAAUUAAACCCUUCCUUAAUAAACAUUUGAAAUCACCCCCCUUUUCGCAUAAAAAUAAAUAUGUAAACAAAAAAAAACAUCCUGCCACAUAUGUCCGAACUAUAAAAAUAUAAUGUUAAUUAAACCACACGGUCAAUGGCGUACACGUAAAAAAAUUCCAAAGUCCAAAAUUGCGUACUUUUGGUCACUUUGUAUAUCCUAAAAAAACUUAUAAAAAGCAGUCAAAAAGUCUCCUAAAAAAUGAGCCCUCACUUAGCCCUGUAUACGGAAAAAUAAAAAAAAUUAUAGGGGUCAGAAGAUGACAACUUUAAAGAUUAAAAUUUUCGUACAAAAAGAUAUAAUUUUUUUAAACAAGUAAAACAAAAUCAAACCUAUAUAAGUUGGGUAUCAUUUUAUUCGUAUGGACCUACAGAAUAAAGAUAAGGUGUCAGUUUUACCGAAAAGUGCACUGCGUAGAAUCGAAAGCCCCCAAAGUUACAUAAUGGUGUUUUUAUUUUUAUUUUACCUCACAAUUUCUUUUUUUUUUUUUUUUUCUGGUUUCGCCGUAGAUUUGGUGUUGAAAUGAUUUAUAGUAUUACAAAGUAAAUUUAGUCUUGCAAAAAACAAGCCCCAUAUUGGUCUGCAGGUGGAAAAUUUAAAGUGUUAUGAUUUUUAGGAGAGAAGGAAAAAACGAAAGUGCAAAAAUGAAAAAUGGCUCUGUCCUGAAGGGGUUAAUUUUCUGUUUUCCUUUUCCUAUGACAUAAUCUCUAGAUGAUCCAAAAAUUCAUCAAAAGCUUCGUAUCAAUGUGAUGGUUUACACGCCUAAUAGUCAUGUACUAUAACGUAUGCAAUGUCUGAAAUGUCUUUUGAGUUCUGUAUUCUACAAAAUUUCUAAUAAAAACAUUUUAAAAGAAAAAUAAAAUAUAGGAUAUUUCUAAAUAUGUCAGGAUUAGGGGAAUAAAUAUUUAGUUACAUUUCUCUAUAAACACUCGCUGCGUUAAGGGGGAAAAAAUGGAAAAUGUGCAAAAAAAUGUCCAUUUUUAAAAUUCCGCUAUUAUUUUGCUUUCAUUUCUGUGAAACUCGUAAAGGGUUAAUAAACUUCAUAAAUGUUAUACUGAAUACUGCUUCUAACCAUGCGGGGAACCACCGAGCAGCCUCUAUGCAUGUUUCGUGGAUAUAACACUUCAUCAGGAGAAGGGACUCACCAUCUUUGCCCUUAAACAGCCAGCUCCCGUUCAUUGGCGCAUGGACGGAGACCUGAACCGGGAAGUUGAGUCCCG